UUGUUGCAAUUUUAAUUUUAAAUCAAAAUCGCAAAAUUCAUCUUCUGCUAAUUGUUUCUCUAUAAUCUCUCAAUUUGGGAAAUCAGUCUCUAUAUUCGUUGUCUUAGCUUUUGCAGUUGAGGAAUCGCAGCGUCUCAUCUCAGAGGAACUGCUGAACAAGGGGGUAAAUGGAAUGAGCUUAAACUUUGUGAUUAAAAUCAAUGUUAUUUCAGCAAUCAGUUCUUCUGUGUGAGUACUCAUUCGAGUGAUUGAAAGGUUUAAUGAGCUGAACUUGUUAGUUGUGAAGAGUGGCAUAGAUUUGUGUGCUGGACUGGUAUACAGUAGUGUCCAAGCGCCUGUUCUUAGACAGACUGAAUUCUCAGUAAAUGAUCUCUUCCGAGAGAGUGAAUAUGGAGGGAGGAACGAAUAUAUAUCACGAGAGGCAAAGAUUACAGUUCUGCCUCUUACAUUCCCUCAACAAUCUCUUCCAGGGGAAAGAUGUGUUUACAAGAGCCGAAUUGAAUUCCAUUGCUGAAAAACUUGAUAUCGAUGACCCUAACAGGGGAAUCUGGAAUCCUGUGUCAAUUGUAUUUAAGCCUCAUCAUAAUGCAAUAACCGGGAACUAUGAUAUAAACGUAUUGAUUGCUGCACUGGAACAGAAAGGCAAAACUGUUGUUUGGCACGAUAGGCGAAAUGGGGCUUCUUCAAUUGUUCUCGAUGAUCGACUGAUGGGAAUUGUUGUUAAUGUUCCUGUUAGAAAGUUUGGUGACCUUUGGAGAAGCAGACAUUGGGUUACAUUAAGAUGUAUUCAGGGGGUUUGGUAUAAUCUGGACAGUGACUUUGCUGCUCCUUAUGCUUUUAAAGAUAGCCAAGAAGUUGGGGAGUUCUUGGAUGGUAUCAUUGCUGCUGGUGCUGAGGUUUUACUGGUAAUGAACGAUAAAUAAUGAGUCGUAAAAUGUUCUGAACUGUGAACUGUAGAUGGACAUGUACCAAGUAAUAACUGUUAAGUUUCUGUAAAUACACCUCUCUUCAUUCAAAAAUUAUAGUUAAACUUUUCAAUAUUGAUUCCAUAUAAGAGAUCAUCAAUAUCUCUAACUUUAUGUUCCACAUAAGUACAUUGCUUGUAUUGUUCCCCACAUGUAUAGAACCCAGUGGUUAGAUUUGAGCAAAUUAUUUCAAAA